UAAGUAACGGUGUUAAAAUUGCAGCCACACACUAGAGUCUAUCCUACUCCAUAAGACAAUUUUCCAGAGCCCAUAACACUUUGAAUUCUCAGCAAAACCCAGAACGCUAUCAUGGGAAAAGUUUUGGACUCCCAUUUCUUGGCUCUCACUGCCAUUGUCACUGUGGCGUAUCAGUCGUUGUUCUUCGUAAUCACUGCGCUUCUCAAGUUUGAUAAAGUCACUGACUUUGCCGGAAGUACCAAUUUUGUUAUACUUGCAAUACUCACUCUGGUUGUCAAGGGCUCAUGGCAUUUCAGACAGAUAGUGUUGAGUUUGCUUGUGGUAAUAUGGGGUCUUCGUCUGGGACUGUUUCUCCUGAUGAGAAUUUUGCAAUGGGGGGAGGAUCGACGUUUUGAUGAAAUGCGAGCUAAUCUUGGAAAACUGGCAGUAUUCUGGAUAUUUCAGGCUGUCUGGGUAUGGACUGUGAGUUUACCUGUAACAGUGGUUAAUUCAAGCAACAAAACACCAUCUCUUCAAGCUGCGGACGUUAUUGGAUGGAUUAUGUGGUCUAUUGGUUUUUUGGUUGAAGCUACAGCUGAUCAGCAAAAGCUGGUGUUCAAAAACUCUCCUCAAAAUAGGGGAAAGUGGUGCAAUGUUGGACUAUGGAAAUACACUAGGCAUCCAAAUUAUUUUGGUGAGAUAUUCCUUUGGUGGGGAGUAUUUGUGGCUUCCACACCUGUAUUGGAUGGUGCAGAGUGGCUGGUAAUUCUUGGACCGAUCUUUCUCACGUUGUUACUUCUUUUCCUCAGUGGCAUACCAUUGCUAGAGGAAUCUGCAGAUAAGAAGUAUGGAAAUAUGGACGGAUAUAGGCUCUAUAAAAGAUCAACCAGCCCUCUAAUUCCGCUACCCCCGGUCCUGUACAAGAACUUGCCCUCGUGGUUCAAAGGAACUUUUCUCUUUGAAUUUCCCCUGUAUAGUCGUAAUCUUCCUCAAGAACCACCGAACUGGUGUAGAACAAGCCCGAUAGAAAGAAGCGACGAAUUGAAGAUUGGUUAGGACCUAGAUGAAACUUGAAAUACGAUCAUGUAUUUAACUAUAUAUAACUCCAAUAACAAGUGAGGCUACUGAGAGAUGGCAAGUGAGGCUAAUUGUGGGCACGGUCAGUAAGGUUAACGGUAUACAUUCCUAUGCCCAUCAACGUCCAUGUAAGCGAGGCAAAGGAUGCUAGCGAGGACUAUUUAUCUUAGUCCUCUACCCACCUUCUACUUUGUUACCCUAAUUUGCUUCUGUUACGUACUUCUAGAGCAGUUUCUGAAUGAACGCAAUUCAUUUACAAAACAUGCUGCAAAUUAAACCUUUGCAGAUAAUUAUACAAUGUGUCUCGAGUGGGUGCGAAUUCAGAACAACUGAAGCCCUAGCACAUC